GCGUUGUUAAGAACUGUAUUAUGUAUUAAUAUGAUACAUUAAUUUUCUCACGAAUUGCAAAGGUUAUUAGUUAACUUUUAAAAAAUUAUCUUUCGUACUAGCAAAGGAGAAUGUCCCCCUUUUUCCUGUACGCCUAUAUCCUUAUUUCCCCCAAAAUUUCUCAUUACGAAGUCUCAUUUUUUUGACAUACUGCUUGAAUAUAACGCCAAGAGGAUACCUCCCAUUACUUAAAACGGACAUGAGUCAAAAUGCCUCUUAAUGUUGUAACCCCAGCUGAACCGAAGGACCCUUCGAUGAUUCACAAAUUUAAUAUAAAUGAAACUUACUCUGGAGACCUGGAAGGAAUUCUCGUUCUAUGCUUAUUAGGAAUUCUCCUUGGAAUAUUUUUCAAGGUCAUCGAAAUUAUUUUUGUUGUCAUUUUCGUGCUGAUUUCAAUAUUCCUAACCGCGCGGAACGGAGAAAUAAAUAUCAUAUCGAUACUGCCGACGAUAAUAAUGGUCGUGAUGACGUCGGGCAUGGCAUGGCUUCAGCAAAAGAACCUUAACAAAAGACAGCUCAGCAAGUUCGAAAUUUGAUUCUGUUCUUCGUAGGCUCACCCUGCACCAUACCAUACGCGUUGUUUUUUUUUUCCCCCACCGUAUGUUUUUUUUUUUUUUUUUUUCGUUACCAUUCGUACAUGCCCCUUUAACUUUGCUGAUUUUUUUAAAAUUAUAAC